AUGAGAACUGCAGGCUGCGUUAUUCUUUUCUUCUUCAUGUUUCUUUCUGUAUCUUCAGCCUAUCCAGGCUGGAUGAGGCAGUACAAACCAUGCAAGCAGUUAGUCCUCUAUUUUCAUGACAUAAUUUAUAAUGGCCAGAAUGCUGCUAAUGCUACAGCAGCAAUUGUGGCAGCCCCAGAAGGUGCUAACUUAACCAUAUUAGCAGGCCAGUUUCAUUUUGGCAACAUUGCAGUUUUUGAUGAUCCCAUUACCCUUGACAACAAUCUUCAUUCUCCACCGGUUGGCAGGGCCCAAGGCAUGUAUAUCUAUGAUACCAAAGACACAUUCACUUCUUGGUUAGGCUUUACUUUUGUUCUUAAUAGCACAAAACACCAAGGAACCAUAAAUUUCAUCGGAGCCGACCCAAUUAUGGUGAAGAGUAGAGAUAUAUCUGUAGUUGGAGGUACUGGAGAUUUUUUCAUGCACAGAGGAAUUGCAACCAUCAUGACUGAUGCAUUUGAAGGUGAUGUCUACUUCAGGCUCCGCGUCGAUGUCAAAUUCUAUGAAUGCUGGUAA